CAGCAAUCCCGAGGAGGGUGGCUUCUCCCUUCUUAUUCUCCACCCUCCUCACCCCCUCCACCAUUUCCCAUCUCUCUCUCUCUCUCUCUUUCUCUCUCUCUCUGAAACCAAACAUUUCGACUAAUGGGUCUCACUUCUCUUCAGGUGUGCAUGGACACUGACUGGAUCCAGGAGGCGGAGUCGUCCGGCAGCAUGUUAGAUCACUCAUCCACCUCCUCCCCGUCGGCGGUGGACAUGCUCACCGCCUGCGUGGACGGUGGGAGGAGGCUGCGUCCGCCACACGACCACCCACUCAAGUGCCCUCGGUGCGAGUCCACCCACACCAAGUUCUGCUACUACAACAACUACAGCCUCUCCCAGCCUCGCUACUUCUGCAAGACCUGCCGCCGCUACUGGACCAAAGGCGGCACCCUCCGCAAUAUCCCUGUCGGCGGAGGCUGCCGGAAAAACAAGAAACCCUCCUCCUCCUCAUCCUCCGCCGGGAAAAAGCCCUCCUCGUCGAGCACGGCCGCCACGACCGAGCUCAUGACUCUGCAUUCUCAACAGAAUUACCAGAAUACCCCCAUCGGACUUCCCCAUUUCACGGGGAUGAUCGGCUCUUACGUGGCUGCUGCUCAAGAGCACAACGGCGGUUUCUUGGAGAGCAAGUAUGGAGGGUUGCUUUCACAAAACCCUAGACCAAUUGAUUUCUUGGACAGCAAGUUUGAUCUCAUGGGGAUGAACAACGAUCUUGCCAUGGUCCAUCCGGAGACUAAUGGAGCGAUUCACAACCAUGGGUUAGGGCUAAACCAUGGCGGAUUUCACGGUUUUCACGGCAUGGACAUGGCAACGUGCCAGAGACUGAUGCUGACAACUUACGAACAGCAUCAUCAUCAUCAUCAUCAACAUAAUGGGAGUGAGGAACAAAGUUUAACAACGAUGGAUUUGAAGCCGAAUCAGAAGCUGUUAUCCCUUGAUUGGCAACAGGAUCAAGGCUGUUCCGAUCCACGGAAAGACAGUGCCUCGUACGGCGGCUAUAUCAACGGCCUCGGACCGGCAUGGAACGGCUUGAUCAACGGCUAUGGAUCAUCCACCAAGACAAACUCCUUGGGCUGAGACUGUUGCUAUAUUAUGAUGAACUCGAUUAAUACGAUGUAGGGUAAUGGAUUAUACCUUGAUUAGGUAAUUUUAGUUAAGUAUUUGGUUUUGUGUUUUCUGCUUCUUGAUUUAGUAUCUGUACUACUUUGGUGCGUAGUUUUA